UAUUGAUUUAAUCUUUCAGGUAAAAAAUUGGCAAAAAUCAAAAUUCAACUGGGAAUUCUUCAAUAACCUCUCUGAGAUUGAAUUAUCUGGAAAUGGUUUAUAGAUUCUCAGAUCAAGGAAUUUUCUGCAGUUUGUCUGUUUCCAAAUCUGGUGUAUGCUUUUUUUGGGAGCUCGAUAGUCCACUUCAUUGAGUCUUAAAUAUAAUGAACUGAAGAAGGAAGCAAGCGGUUAGAUGCAGGCAGAGAGUCUAGCAUAACUAAAAUGGAUUGUAACAAAGAUGAGGCCAUCAGAGCGAAAGAGCUUUCUGAGAAAAAACUUUCUGAGAUGGAUGUUGUUGGGGCCAAAAAAUUUGCUUUAAAGGCUCAAAACUUGUAUCCUGAGCUUGAUGGUCUUUCUCAGUUGCUUGCAACUCUUGAUGUGUACAUAUCUGCAGAUAAAAAGAUCAAUGGAGAAGUCGACUGGUACAGGGUGCUUGGUGUUCAACCAUAUGCCAAUGAGGACACAAUUCGGAAACAUUACAGGAAGCUGGCUCUCAUUCUUCAUCCUGACAAAAAUAAAUCUGUAGGUGCAGACGGGGCUUUCAAAAUUCUAUCUGAAGCUUGGAAUUUGUUGUCUGAUAAAGCUAGGAGAAUUGCUUAUGACCAGAAGCGGAACUUAAGGGGCAGUUAUACAAAUGUUUUACAUGGGAAAUCAUCAUCAUCGGCAACAACCAGUAGUAAUGGUUUCCAUAAUUUCUCCAAUAAGAAUAUUUCAAACAUCAAUGAUCAGAACAAUGCUACUUAUUCCAAACCUGCUCCUCCUCACUCGGCUAGAAAUGGCACAUUUUGGACAACCUGCAAUUCCUGUAAGAUGCAUUUUGAGUACUCUAGAGUUUAUGUCAACUUCAAUCUUCCUUGUAUCAACUGUCGCACACGCUUUUUAGCUGUUGAGACGCCAGUCCCACCUAUAAAUGGCAGCAGUAAGUAUUCUCCAUUGUCUGACUUCGUGCAGCAACAGAAGUUUCGUCAGGUUCAUAAUACAGGACAGGGGAGGUUUUCUGGUCUGGGUUCAUCUACAAAAUUUUCUCAGAAAGGGGCAUUCCCUAGAUCAGGAAGUAACAUAAAUAUGGCUCCACCAGCUUCUUUCACUGCUCAAGCUGCUGGUGUUACUCAUUCACCUGGUGGAACAUUAAAGAGUGGGAACAAAGAGUCACAGACAGGUACCAUGAGAGAGGAAAGCCAGCGAAUGAAAUUUCAUCCUUCUCAGAAAACAGAUGCCGGUUUAGUUCCUGGGGCCUCAGGUUCUUUUUCCAGUUUUGCAGCAAAAAAACACAGACCUAAGAAGAGGCACAUUGAUGAAACAGAGAUGGGAAAUCACAUGGCCAUGGGAAAUGAAGGGGUUAGCCUUUCUAGUUUUCAGAAGAGUGGUCUUGAAACAAGAAGGAUGAAUAUUGCUGGAAUCAUUAGAACUAAUGGCAUAAAGGAGCCUUCACAGCUGGGAAUUCGGAAUAUUUUGAUAGAGAUGGCUAAGAAAGAAAUCCGCAUGAAGAUAAAUUCAUGGAACCCAGAUUCUCUAUUUAAUGCUUCAAAUAAACCAAAAGCUUUUGAUGAAGUGAUUGGUGAGAAGGAUGAAGAAAAUGGAAAAGAUGCUCUAAGUAUGAAACCUGAUGCACACAAAUCCAUGGCGUUUGUUGAUAUCAAGUCUAGCAUUCAUCCCAAAAGGUCUUGCACUGUUGAUUCUGAUGUUGAUCCUGCUAUAAAGGAACCUGAUCCAAUGUCCAUGAGCGUUCCAGAUCCAGAUUUUCAUGAUUUUGACCAGGAUCGCACAGAAAAGUCAUUCGGUGAGAACCAGGUUUGGGCUGCUUAUGAUGAUGAUGAUGGGAUGCCCCGUUAUUAUGCAAUGAUUCAUGGUGUAAUAUCAUUAAAACCAUUCAAAAUGCGGAUGAGUUGGCUUAAUUCUAAAAGCAAUGUGGAACUGGCUCCAUUAAAAUGGAUUGGUUCUGGCUUUUACAAAACUAGUGGAGAUUUCUGGGUCGGCAAAUAUGUAGUUAAUAGGUCUCUUAACUCUUUCUCACAUAAGGUGAAGUGGUCAAAAGGCAGAAAAGGAGCAAUUCAAAUAUAUCCUAGAAAGGGAGAUGUUUGGGCUCUCUAUAGGAACUGGUCCUCUGAUUGGAAUGAGCUUACACCUGAUGAAAUGAUACACAAAUAUGACAUGGUUGAGGUGCUUGAAGAUUACAAUGAGCAAAAAGGUGUUUCUGUUGCUCCACUUGUUAAGGUGCCUGGCUUCAAGACAGUGUUUUGGAAGCAUUCCAAACCAAGUAAAGCCUGGGUGAUUCCAAGAGAAGAGUUGUUUCGGUUCUCUCAUCAGGUCCCUUCUUAUUUGCUCACAGGUCAAGAAGGUCAAAAUGCUCCUAACGGUUGCUUGGAGCUUGAUCCUGCGGCUACUCCUUUGGAACUUCUCCAGGUAUUAACUGAAGCUCAGGUGAAAGAAAUGGAGGUGAUCACUGAAAGAGCUAAGGAAGAAACCUUGUUGGUGGAUUUAAAAAAAGCAAAUGAAAAAGGGUUGCUGGAGGAUGGCCUAGAAAUGAAAUCACUCAUUAGUGUAGAAGGUGUUGGAAAAACUGUCACUGAAGAAGAGAUUAAGGUAGAAGAGGAAAAUAAGAAAUCUGGGAUGCUUGUUUAUGGUAGACGACAACGAAGAAAACAGGAAAGCUAGGGGAACAUUUUGGUGAUUAGGGAUUUGUUAAACUGGAAAUAAAGUUUUUGCAGUUUUUUCUCUAGCAGGAAAGAAUGUGGAGUGAAACAGUGAAAAUUCAAGAAUUUAGAAUGUUCAUAGUUUUUUUUUUUUUUCUCUCAUCUCCUCGACAGCCGAAUGCAGCACUACAGAAUUCAGCAAGCUGCAAACUGGCGGGACAACUGAACUCACUUCAAAGUUAUAUGGUCAUCCUCAAAACUGAGUUAAGGUAUAUCUGUCAACCUGAAGAAUGUCUUGAAGAUCAACACAGCUUUUGUUUUUCUUUUUGGGUCAAAACACACUCUGAAAGGGACCAAUUGUUUGCACCUGGUCAAAAAUCCCUCCAGGAGCUGCUCACUUUGUGAAACCACAGUCUCCUUAAUGAUGUUUUUAUUUCUCUUUAUUUCAUAGCAACUUGGAAAAGGUUUCAGCUUCUACAUUUUGAUUUUAUUCAACUGUGCCUGAUUCCCUCCUCCUUGAAUGUCUUGCUGUUUCUCCUACUAUGCCUGCCUGUCAUUUGCCAUAACUAUUGAUUAAUGUUAGGAAUUGGAAAGAGCAUAAGA